AUGCGGACCACGCUGAUCUCCAUCCUUCUGCUGGGCGCAGCUCGCCUCGCCGCUUCCAAUUGUCGGGUCCAGGACUACCCGAUGUGAGUUUGACUAUCUAUUUAGGGAUUGACAUUGAAUAGAGUGAGAUAUUGCAUUCAAAAAUGUGUAACUUGAGGCUAAAAUUGGGCCAAAAUACGUUUUUUUUAAUAAAUCUUGGUGGGUCUCGCAGCGAAAACUUGGAAACCAAAAAAUUGAAAGUGAUUUAAAAUGGGACUACUACCUCGAUAAAGACACCUAUGCACUUUGGAGACCUUAUUUUUGUCUAAUUUUUGAAUAAAAUCGUAUUUUUGGGUCCCACCACGGAAACCUGCAGGAUUUACAUAUAUUCUUUAUUGAGUAUAAUACGAAAUUUUGAACUCGAAAAAAGUCGUUUGUAAAAUUUCCAGAUUCCAUUUUAAUCGAUUUUGAAUAUCAGUUUUAUAAAAUGUGGGUCCCGCCACGAAAGCCUGAAAAUAUCGAAAACCAGUUUUUUGCGGUUUGUUUGGAUUACCCUUGCUAUGUGAUCCAGUGGUGAAUGUUUUAUGUCUUUUCGGAAUUUUAGUUCUCUAUUUUUUGACACUUUUUUUAUGAAAUUUUGGCAUUCUGUUUCAACCUUUGUUUUUGGUCAAAACCUCCACCAAAUGGUUCCAGAUGCAUCUUGAUGGAAUUUAACGGCCUUGUAGCUCUGCAUAGCUUUACAAAACAUUUUUUUCAGCGUCCUCAAGCUUUCGGAUUGCUCCGACUUCUACUGGGACGCCUUUGCGCCUCUUUCCAAUUCUCGGAUUGAGUUCGUCUUGGUCGGUAAACCUUCGGACAUUGGUCAAAAAGGGUCGGUUAAGCUUUUCCGUCGUUGUGGCAUUAAUUUUAUAAAAUAUGAGUCAUGAUGACGACUUUUUUAGACUGCUUUGGGCCGCCUAUGUGAAUCAAUGGGAGUUGGCGUCGUUCAAGACCAAGUUAAGUUUCGAUGCGGACUCUUCGACGUUCCUCUUGGAGUAUCACGAUAGUCGUGAGUUUUUUGGGCGAAAAAUGUGUCAUCGUGACGCAUUUUUUGGAUGUUUUGUGAAAAAAAAAUCUUGGCGAUUUUUUCGAAAUGAGUUAAUUUGGCCUUUUCGAUUAAAUUUUUCAGUCAAAGCCGUCAUGAUGACCGAUUUUUGGGAAAAAAUUUUGUCAUGAUGCCGAAUUUUUCGGAAAAUUUUUUAAAAUUUUAAAGUAAUGUAAGGAUUUUUUGUAUUAUCUUAGACACUGGUAGCAGUCGUCAGGUCCGUUUGGAGAACUUAAGAGUUGCGAAACCGGACCAGCCCUUUAACCUGUUAAUCCAAAUCUUCCAAUCCAAGCUCGCUUAUGGAGUGGCCGAAGAAUACGAAGAAGAGGGUGUCAAAAAGUUCAAAGUCACCAAGAAAGUGCAUCGGGUAAGUUGAGCCUUGCAUUAGGAAUUUUGUUAGACGUCUUGAGUAGGAUUGGCGGUUAAGAGACAAGUUAUACGAUGAAAAGUGUCUGGAAAUUCGAGGACAGGUUUCAGCGUAUGAGAUGGGUUCAAAUUGUUCGCUGUUGUCGUUUACCGCAUGGAGUAAAAAAUAGAGGAUAUAUGAAAAGUUUCGGCCGCACUAAACGCUUUAGAGACAAGUUAUACGACAAAAACCGUCUAGAAAUUCGAGGACAGGUUUCAUCGUAUAAAAUGGAAUCAAAUUGUUCGGUGUUGUCGUUUACCGCAUGGAGUAAAAAAUAGAGGAUAUAUGAAAAGUUUCGGCCGCACUAAACGCUUUAGAGACAAGUUAUACGACAAAAACUGUCUAGAAAUUCGAGGACAGGUUUCAUCGUAUAAAGUGGAAUCAAAUUGGUCACUGUUGUUGUUUAUCGCAUAGAGUAAAAAAUAGAGGCCAUGUGAAAAGUUUCGGCCGUACUAAACGCUUUAGAGACAAUUUAUACGACAAAAACUGCCUAGAAAUUCGAGGACAGGUUUCAUCGUAUAAGCUGACCCCAAAUUUUCCGUGUGUCUCCAAUAUUUAAUCUUGUGUGCUUAGAAGUGCUUUCUUGAAGUUUUUCUUGGAUUAAGAUGUUUAGACAAGUUAUACGAUCGAAACAAUCUAGAAACAUGAGGACAGGUUUCAUCGUAUAAAAUGAACACGGUCUGGAAUUUUUUAACUGAAAAGUGAGCCAAGGAAGUGUCAGGUUGUACACAAAAAAAUUUUAGGCUAUGUACACGAAGUAAAAUUAGUUUUUCAAGACCUGUUUCAUCGUAUAACAUGUCGACUUUUCAGCUCGCCGACCACAAACUGCAUGACCUCUACCGAGAGAUUUUGUACGAGACCACGAAGCAAUAUGUGAUUGGAAUCAGAGCCGACGCUUCGGUGGACUACAAGCUCCACUUCCUCCCACAAUUUUGGUACGACCGAACCGCCGUCCAGGAAAAUAUCACCAUCCCCAAGAUCAUCCCGCACGAUAGAGCGGAGCAGGCGAAAGACCCAGCCUGUUUUUGGUGCUGGAUCGGCUUUGCGUUGGCUUUGUUGGUGUAGGUGACGUUUUAUACGGUGGAAGCUGUUUGAGGUUGAUAUAGGGCAUUCUCGACUUGUACGAUUCCUCCUAAUUUUUAUGUUACGCUCAAAAUUGUUGACCAGGAUUGCAAGGACAUGUGCUUUUUUGCCCCUUGUAGAGACAUUUUAUACGAUGGAACAUGCUUUGUAAUUUCGUGGCAUAUUUAGUCGUAUAAAGUGUCUCUCACUGGUGUAACUUGGCUAGAAGUCUCUGUGGGGCUUCGGUACAACACUAUGUAUGAAUUAUGAAGCGAAUUUUUAUUUUGGACCAUUUUGUACGAUGGAACCUGACCUUACAUGUUUUAUCGUAUAAAAUGUCUCUGAACUGCAACUAUGAGCUGGAAAUAUCUAAUAUGGCCGCAUUGGUUCUGUUUUUAACAUCACCAUCCAAAUUUUCUGUUUUUUGCCAUUUUAUAUGAUGAAAUGUGCACCGGCUCUUCUGGACAUGUUUCAUCGUAUAAAAUGUCUCUGAGGACUAUAAAACCGCAUGUCUCGCAUACUGUAUAGUAUUUCAGCUCUACCAGAUUUAUUUUCAGUGGUCUCUUCACCGGUGCUGCCAUCAUCUUCAUAGUUUUCUUCUGCAUUUACAAGAAGAAGGUGAAUGCGCUCAACGACCGACGUCGACGUGCUGCCAAGGCGGCGAAUAAGUUGGGACCCAACAAGGGGUCCGUUGCAACCCCUGGAGCUUUGACCUCCGCUACCGGAACCCCCAGCGAGACCAAUUUGGAGAGCAAGGCGGUAAGGGACAUUUUAUACGAUGAAUUUCCCUUUUUUGUUUUUUAUCGUAUAAUUUGUCGCCGAAGGACUUUUGGGAGAGUGUCUGUGAUGUGUGACGAGGUCUGUAAAAUGUUUUAUUUUCAGUCCAAAGCCGACAAAUCAUCAAAGACGGCAAGAGAAAACAGUAAGAAGAGCGAGAGGGCCAAGAAGUAG